AUGCCACUGGCGGAGCCAGCGUCCGGCCAGCUAGGGCAGCUGCCCAGGCUCCGUCUACAAUCUCCAACAUCCGAUUUCCGCCCGACAUUCGACGUUCUCGACACCGAUUGCGAUGGUAAAAUAAGCCGCGAGGAUCUCCGUUCAUUCUACGCCACCAACAGCGGCAUCAGAGUUAGCGGCGGUGAUGACGCAAUCGACGUGAUGAUGUCGGUGGCGGACACGAACAUGAGCGGGUUCGUGGAGUACGAGGAAUUCGAGAAGGUUGUUAGCGGUAGCGAUGAAAAGAGACCGUUAGGGUGUGGAGCCAUGGAAGAUGUGUUCAAGGUGAUGGACAGAGACGGUGACGGUAAAGUUGGUUAUCAAGAUUUGAAGAACUAUAUGGCUUUGGCUGGGUUUGAGGCAAGAAAUGAAGAUAUUAACGCUAUGAUUAGACUUGGCGGUGGUGAUGUUAACGGAGGCGUUAGCUUCGAUGGUUUGAUUCGUAUAUUAGCUUUUGAUCAUUUUGCUCCAAAUAAUUAA